AUGUCUGGAAGACCUGUUGGAUAUAUCGAUGCUCUGGAUUCGACAUGCAACUGGUCAGCGUUGAAGACUGCCCAAUCUUUGAACUUGUCAGCUCACUUGCUAUUUGGCCCUACUCGUGGCUCCAUGUAUCUCGACGAGCAACGUAUGAAUCGUCUCAUGGAACGCUGUCAUAAUCUACGUCGAUUUCAAGUCCACAAACACUUUGCCAAUCUCUUGAAGCAUGCACGAGGACUCCAAGCCUUAGCGCUUUGUCUCGAUCAUGAUGUAGAUGUCUGUAUGGGUGAUGAAACAGUUACCUUGUUUGUGACAAGAAAUCCCGUUUUCAAGCUGAAUAUCAAGAUCAGCAACGCAGUGUCAUCAGUCUCGAAAGCUGUAUUCGAAAAAGUGGAGAUGGCUCCUCCUGAUGCCAUUUUCAAAGUCUCUAAUGCCUUCAAGGCUGACACUGAUCCCAAAAAGAUCAAUUUGGGUGUUGGUGCAUAUCGUGACAACAAUGCCAAACCUUGGGUAUUGCCUGUUGUCAGAAAGGCAGAAAAAAUCAUCUUGGAAGAUACAACCCUCGACCACGAAUACUUGGAUAUGGCUGGCUUUGCUCCGUUCACUGAAGGUUCUGCCAAGUUGAUUCUUGGAGCUUCCAGCUCUGCCCUCAAGGAAGGACGUGUCGCAGCUGUACAAUCGAUCUCUGGAACUGGAGGUGUUAGAUUAGCUGCCGAGUUGCUCAUUCGCUUCCAUAAGGCUCCCAUCUAUAUUUCAAACCCAACUUGGGCAAACCACCACAGCAUCUUUGGUGAUGCUGGAUUUGAUAUCAAGACGUACCCAUACUGGGAUCCAAAAACAAGAGGUCUGGCAUUCGAACCCAUGUUGGCUACCUUUAAGUCUGCACCAGCAGGAUCAAUCAUACUGCUACACGCAUGCGCACACAAUCCAACAGGAGUUGACCCAACUCCCGACCAAUGGAAACAAAUGGCGGAAGUCAUCAAAGAACGUGGACACUUCCCAUUCUUUGAUUGUGCUUAUCAAGGGUUUGCUUCCGGUGAUUUGGACCGUGAUGCUUGGGCUGUUCGAUACUUUGUCGACCAAGGAUUUGAAUUGCUUGUUGCACAGUCUUAUGCCAAGAACUUUGGCUUAUAUGGUGAACGUAUUGGAUGUGUUACUGCAGUAUUAAAGACUCCGGAAGUCGCUACCAAAGUCAAAUCUCAAUUAUCAAGGAUCACACGUGCCAUGAUCUCAACAGCACCAGCUUUUGGUGCUAGGAUUGUAUCUCUGAUAUUCAACAAUCCUCAACUCUAUCAAGAAUGGAUUGUCAAUCUGAAAUCAAUGGCUGAUCGUAUCAUCAAGAUGCGUCAGGUCACAUUCGACACUCUGACUCAACUAAAGACUCCUGGAACAUGGAAUCAUAUCGUCGAUCAGAUUGGCAUGUUCUCAUAUACUGGUCUGACUCCACCACAAGUCAAGGCUUUGGCUGACAAAUUCCACAUAUACCUGACUGACAAUGGACGAAUCUCAAUGGCUGGAUUGAAUGAUUCAAAUGUGAAAUACUUUGCUGAAUCUGUCGAUUGGGUUGUUCGAAACAUUCAAUAG